GUGGCCAUGAGGAGCGGCGGCAGAGGCACUGUCGGAGAAUGGCCGGCAGAGGCCUGCAGCCCCCGGCCGUAGCGCAGCCGCCGGUCAGCGGUCACCUGCACCCCUUGGUCAUCCUGGCGGGGCCGGAGAGCGAGGGGCCGGAGGAGGAGAGCGAGGUGACGGAGCUACGGCCGAGGGGCAGGGAGAAAGUGCGGAGGAGCGCGUCGAGGGACAGGCUGGAUGACAUCGUCCUGCUGACCAAAGAUAUCCAGGAAGGGGAUACGCUGAACGCCAUCGCGCUCCAGUAUUGCUGCUCGGUGGCAGAUAUCAAGAGAGUUAACAAUCUUAUCAACGAUCAAGAUUUUUUUGCCCUGAGGUCUAUCAAAAUCCCAGUGAAAAAGUUCAGUGUAUUGACUGAAACUCAUGUCUCUCCAAAAGGAAGACCUGUCCUUCGGCCUGCUCACUGUUCCCCAGAAGUGCAGGAAACAUUGCCUUCUGAUAAAUUCUCUGCUAGUGAGACUGUUGGCAAUUUCUUGAAAGAAGUGGAUCGGGAUAUAGAAGAAAUAGUGAAGUGUAACGACACAAAGAGAGAGAAUCUUGAUGAAGUUGUUUCUGCCUUAGCAGCUCAACAGAUGUGUUUUGAAACUGAUGGUAAACCUAAGAAAUGCAAGGAUCCUUACUAUGGAGCAGACUGGGGUAUAGGAUGGUGGACAGCUGUGGUGAUUAUGUUGAUUAUUGGCAUAGUAACCCCUGUUUUUUAUCUCCUGUAUUAUGAAGUUCUAGUGAAAGCAGAUGUCAGUCACCAUUCUACAAUGGAAUCUUCCCAAGUAUUUGUCACAGCAGCAUCACAUCAGAAACAAAUUGGAAAUGGAAUAAACCCAGCAAAUAAUAUAAACAUUGAUAAUCAAGGAGAUCUUCAGCCUUAGCAAUGGAAAACCCCAGGCAACUGUAAUUUGUAAUAAACACAUAACACAGCAUUAGCUAAAGAGGAAACCACAGAAUGCAAAACACAUCUGUAAUGCAGAGAAAAUGGGUAGUGAUGUGUGACCUGCCUUUAUGGGCUGUGUGCCAGUCUGUGGAUAUUUCUGUGGACUGUGUAAUCUCUGAAUAUGCCUGAGAAAGGUGAUUUUAAUGCAAUACUGGGAUGUAAGUUAAAGUAUAAAAUUGUCUCUGAAUCUUUGCACUUUUUUCUAUUUUGAUAGGCAUAUGUUUUUUAAUUAAUUUUGAGGUGGAAAAAUGUAGUUUGAACUAACACAUGAAGAGACUCACUGUAUGUUUUACAGCCCUAAAAUGGGCAUUUUGGGGAUAGCUAACUUUGAUGCAUCCUGAAGUAUUUAUAGAAUGCAUAGUACACUUGUAAUUUUAAUAUCAAGUUUACAGUUGUCAUUUAAAACUAUGUUCUCAUUAUUUUAUCUUUCCUAUAAAGCAAGACUGUUUUUUUUUAAACCCAAUCUCUCUCCAUAAUUAAUUGCCACUAUGAAGUUCUUUCUUAAAAGUGACUUUUAUAUAAGCUAGAAUCUUCAAAUCUUGUGCCUGUGGUCAGCCCAUUCUUUGGUAGUUUUCAGUGCAGGCAGUAGGGUAGCUUGUUCUCUACAUACACAGUACCAUGCUUCAACACAGUGCAGCUGGGAGACUCUUGUUGGAAAUUCACAUCCUUCUGUGGUAUCCUACUGAAAAAUGACUGGACUGCACUUCACAUAUGGUCAGCUGUGUGUUGAACAAAAGAAGUGCAGAUGUAUGGCACCUGGAUGUGACUGCUCCAGUUGUUUUUAUUGUAUGCUAAGAAAUCUUUCUCCCUCUGUAGUUAAUCACAGGUUAGUACUAACUGAUUCUUCAGACAGUAGUCAUGAGGGUACUGAGUGUGCUGAAGGCCUUUUCCCCCCAACUUCAAACAGUAACUUUUUCCUGAAAUCUCUUAGGAAGCAUCAAAUGAGAUUUAAUCACUGCUGUCAAGAAAUUUAAAUUGCAGCUUCAGACUUGUUCGUUCGGCAAACACUGUUCCUGAAUGUUUCACCUGGGGUUUCACGAGCAACCUUGUUUCUCCUUUUCUUCCCUGGCUGAAAAUCCUACAACAUAAGCAAAUAAAAAAAGCCCUGGACUCUUAUAAUAGAAAGAAGGGAGGUACUUGUAUAUUGAGAAUAUUUUUAAAAUAAAAACAGAGAUGCUUCCUGUUAUUUUUUUUAAAUUAUUAUUAUUAUAUUUGCCUUGUGGAUUAAGAUUCCCAUUGCCCUGUUCAAAGUAUUAUUUGUUACCAAAGCCUAUGAUAAUUGACUUGAAUAGAAAUUACAGGGAGAGCUAUGACUAUCCUUUAAACUGCUAUUUUAACCUUUCCUUUGAGUGACAUAGAGCUAGGUAUAUGCAAUAUAAAAAAACAGUUGAUAAAGGGAGUAUUUCGUAAUUAAUGGAGUUAUUCCAGAGUGCUUUAUCAACUUAAACUUUGAAAGUCAUGCCUCAUCCAUUCUUGGACCUGUUGCUGCCCCAUUUUGGGCAGAUACUCCUCACUUGUGUGCAAAGUGCAUGGACAGAAAUUGCAGGUCUUUUAAUUUAUUCUGUUGAAAACGAAGCAGGGCAAAUCUUGAAAAGAAGUGCUGUACAGUUGUAUCUGUGAACUAUGAUCUGUGCCUCCUGAACCCUUUGGCCACAGUGUUAUCUGUGACCACUUAUUUCCACACAGGAUUACGAGCAGGCAUGAACUUCAUGUUUCACCUAACACUUGUUUUCAAAAAUUUUUUUUUAAAUAAUAGCUCUUUCCAUUAAAAGAAUAUGCCAGUAACACAAGCAUGAGUACUGAAGUACCAGUUCUGGUUCAGGCUGUAUGAAAAACUGCAUUGCAAAAUAGUUUAUGCUGGGUAAUGUGAUACAGCUAAAACUUCAAGAGAUGAUUGUCCAGACCACAGAGCUUCCACACGAUCAGACCAAGGUUUUUUUAUGUAGGGCUGAAACUUAGUAUGUAAUGUGUCAGGUUUUUUUCUUAUUUGCUGGUUUGCUUCUUUCCCCUUCAUUCUGUUUGAACCCUCAACAUUUUUAAUACUUUAUCCUUCCAUUCCUUACAAAAUUGUCAAUGUGAAAUUAGCAGCUGUGAUGAUGCAACAUCAGGCUAAUUUACUGCAAGUACCUGAAUUGAUGGGUACUAAAUUGUUACUGGUCCAGAACCAAACUUGACUUCAGUUGUGGUUUGACUAAGUCAGGAAGUAUCCUGUUGAUUUAGGAGUGAACAUAUGGGUGAUUACCUGUUGUUUUUUGGCCUGUGGUGAUACAGCUGAAUAGUUUUCCAGCACAUCUGAGGCUGGAAAAUGUUGGGAGGCCUGUGGGUUACUGUACCAAGUGUGAUUUGCCUUUAUUUACAAGAUGAUAAUAAGUCAUUAGAAAAGCACAAAGAUACAGCUGUUUUAUUGAACCAGAAUAGACUAUCACCAAGAACCCAGCAUGUUUAAGUUUAUUUCAUAUAGGGUAUUUUUUAAUUUAGAAAUUUAACCUUAUUAGGACAUACAGCAGGUCUCUUUCCAAGGCUGUAGGAUUUCUGAUCCUGGUGACCCACAACCUUCAUCUGCCUUGGCUUUCUGCAGGAUGAAGGGAUCUUUAUUAGCAUUUUUUUCCAAAGUACAGCACAGCUGGCAAUACAUUAUCUCAUGUCAGCCCUGAAUAAACAGGGUAAGAGCUCUGUGUGGAACUUUAAUCAGAUUUAAGUGAAGAUAUGUAAGGUUAGUCUUCCAGAAGCUGACUUGGUAAAAACAAAACCAGCAAAACAUACUUUGGAUUAAUUACAUCUCAUUGUUGAUCAGGAAGUUGAUUUUACCUUUACCUUUAGGUGCAUAUUGCACUGUUGGACCAUGUAAAAUGUAAAUGCUUUGAAUCUGCUAUAUUUUGGAGUAUUUUGUCACAUUCUUUGUAUAACUAUUUUAUAAAGGCUGAAAAUACAAGUUUGUGAAAUAAU